UUCCUUAAAUAAAAUUGCUAAAUUGCUCACGUACAAAAAGUAACAACUCCAUUAAAGUUUUCUCAUCAGUAUUUCCCUCUGAUCGCUAAUUCUGAGCAUCCUAGUGGCAAAAGGGAAAGUAAACCGAGCUCAAGUGCUCUCUCUGAAGAAGAAGAAGAAGAAGAAGAAGAAGAAGAAGAAGAAGGAGAAGAAGGGAUAAACCAAAAAAUGCUCCUGAUCGUUGUUGCAGUAUCCACUCUAAUCUUCCUCCUCUUAACUUUCCUGAUCAGUAACUACACAUCUGCAAAAGCACAAGCACCAAGCCCCCCAAAGUGGCCCAUCAUAGGCCACCUCCAUCUCCUUGGCAAACUCCCACACCAAUCUCUGGCUGCUCUCUCUCUAACCUAUGGACCCAUAAUGCCCUUCAAGCUGGGCAUGCGAAAGGCAGUGGUAAUAUCAUCCCCUCACCCAGCCAAACAAAUCUUCAAAACCCAUGAUCGCAAAUUCUCGAGCAGGCCUGUUCCUUUGGCUGCGAAGACCUUGUCUUACGGUGGGAAUAGCCUUGUUUGGGCCGCUUAUGGACACCAUUGGAGACUCCUUAGAAGACUAUCUUUCACUGAGCUCUUCAGCACCAAAAGGCUGAACUCCAUGGAAAAAUUCAGAAAAGCUGAGGUCUCUAAAACUAUGGCGUCCAUAUAUGAAGAGUCAAUCAAGGGCAAUUCAGUUAACAUUGGGUCCACUGUUUUUUCCACAAUGUUGGGCAUAGUGGAGAAUAUGGUAUGUGGAAAUUAUGUUUUCAAAAAAGGUGAUGAAUUGGCUACGGAAUUGAAAGGCAUGGUUCGGGAUGUUUUGAAGCUUUCAGGGGAGCCAAACGCUUCCGAUUUCUUCCCUUUCUUGAGGGGUUUGGACCUGCAAGGCGUUGAGAGAAGGGCCCAGAAACUGAGGGAGAGAUUUGAUGGGAUUUUCAGUGAGAUGAUCGAGAGGAGACUAAAGGACAUGAGAGAGAAGGGAAUGGUGAAUGAAAGAGACGAAGAGUCGGGGAGAGGGAUAAAAGAGAGCGAUUUUUUGGGGGUGCUUUUGGAGCUGAUGGAUCACAAUGAGGGACUUCAGAUGGAACACGUCAAAGGGAUGCUGAUGGACAUGUUCAUCGCGGGCACAGAUACUACCUCAGCCACAGUUGAAUGGGCAAUGGCAGAGCUACUGAACCAUCCCUAUGUCAUGGAAGAGGCUAGAGAUGAGCUCCGCAGAGUAAUAGGUAAAGAUAAAAUGAUGGAAGAGUCACAUAUUCCCGACGUCCCCUUCUUACAGGCAAUAGUGAAGGAAGUUUUACGCCUACACCCAGCUGCUCCUCUUCUAAUUCCUCGUCUCUGCGAUUCAGAUUGCCAAAUCGAUGGUCAUAUCAUUGAAAAGAACACAGAGGUUCUAGUGAAUGUGUGGGCUAUAGGACGAGAUCCUAAGGUGUGGUCUGACCCCUUGAAGUUUGAUCCUAGUAGGUUUGUGGGAACCAAUUUGGAAUUCAAGGGAAAUGAUUAUGAGUUGUUGCCCUUUGGGGCAGGUAGGAGGAUAUGCAUUGGGAUGCCUUUGGCCAGUUCAAUGGUGCAUCUUGUUUUGGGAUCAUUGCUUCAUUAUUUCAAUUGGAAAGUUGAGGGAGAAGUGGAUAUGACCGAAGAGUUCGGUAUUACUCUUCAAAAGGCAUUACCUUUGGUUGUUGUUGCCACCCCAUCUUUGCCUUUAAACCCCUAUCUUUAAGAAGGGAAUUUAAACAGAGGAUUCAUCCUGUUGGGUGAAUAAGAUGUGUCCCUUCGUAUUUGCAAUGUUACAGCCAUUUCUCCCUCUUUUUCUCUGUCUCUAUCUCUUACCUAGGGAAAAUAAGUUUGUCUAACCUUGUGUAAUAUGCAUGCUUAUAUAUUUAUUGUUAUCUUUGUUGGGUGACUAA